AUGGCGCAACUCGACACGCUGGACCUAUUGGUCCUCACGGUGAUCCUGCUGGGCACUGCAGCCUAUUUCACCAAGGGCAAAUUCUGGGGUGUCACAAAAGACCCCUACGCGAACUCGUUUGCCCACGCAAAUGGGCUCAAGGCCGGCAAGACAAGGAACAUAAUAGAGAAGAUGGACGAGAGUGGCAAGAACUGUGUCAUAUUUUAUGGUUCCCAGACAGGAACUGCCGAGGACUACGCCUCGAGAUUGGCCAAGGAGGGCAAAAGCAGAUUCGGGCUCGACACCAUGGUUGCUGAUCUCGAGGACUACGACUAUGCGAACCUCGAUGUCAUCCCUGAGAAUAAGGUUGUCAUGUUUGUUCUGGCCACUUACGGUGAGGGCGAGCCCACUGACAAUGCUGUUGACUUCUAUGAGUUCAUCACGGCCGAGGAUGUUUCCUUAUCCGAGUCGCGCGACACGCCCCUGGAUAACCUCAACUACGUCGCUUUCGGUCUCGGCAACAACACGUACGAACACUACAACUCGAUGGUCCGCAACGUCGACAAGGCCCUUCAGACACUCGGAGCGCACAGAAUUGGCGCUGCCGGUGAGGGCGACGAUGGAGCUGGCACCAUGGAAGAAGACUUUCUUGCCUGGAAGGAUCCCAUGUGGGCAGCUUUGGCCAAGAAGAUGGGUCUGGAAGAACGCGAAGCUCAGUACGAACCCAUUUUUGGCAUCGUUGAGCGAGAAGGUUUGACAAAGGACUCCCCCGAGGUCUACCUUGGCGAGCCAAACAAGAUGCACCUCGAGGGAUCUGCCAAGGGACCCUUCAAUGCCCACAACCCCUAUAUCGCACCUAUCGCCGAAUCGCGUGAGCUCUUCUCCGUCAAGGACAGAAACUGUCUGCACAUGGAAGUUGACAUUAGCGGUUCCAACCUAUCUUACCAGACUGGUGAUCACAUCGCAAUCUGGCCGACCAACGCAGGCCAAGAGGUUGACUAUCUUUUGGAUAUCCUGGACUUGACAGAGAAGAGGGACACCGUGAUCAGCAUCAGGGCUCUCGAGCCAACGGCCAAGGUGCCUUUUCCUACCCCGACCACAUACGAUGCCAUUGUCAGAUACCACUUGGAAAUAUGCGCUCCCAUCUCUCGUCAGUUCCUCGCCACCUUGGCCGCAUUCGCUCCUGAUGAAGCUUCCAAGGCGGAGAUGACUAAGUUGGGUGGUGACAAGGACUAUUUCCACGACAAGAUCAGCAAGUAUGACUACAAUAUCGCCGGUGUCCUUCGUAUCGUUGGUGGCGGCCAAAAGUGGAGCAACAUCCCCUUCUCUGCCUUCAUCGAGGGCUUGACAAAGCUCCAGCCUCGCUACUACUCUAUUUCCUCCUCAUCCCUUGUGCAGCCCAAGAAGAUCUCCAUUACCGCUAUUGUCGAAAACCAAGUCAUCCCUGGUCGAACCGAUCCUUUCCAGGGCGUUGCAACCAAUUACCUGCUUGCUCUAAAGGAGAAGCAAAACGGCGAGCCCAACCCUAAGCCGUUUGGUUUGACAUAUGACAUCUGUGGUCCCAGAAACAAGUACGACGGAAUUCACGUACCUGUCCACGUCCGCCACUCCAACUUCAAACUCCCCUCGGAUCCUUCGAAACCAAUCAUUAUGAUCGGACCUGGUACUGGUGUUGCCCCAUUCCGAGGGUUCGUGCAGGAGCGUGCGAAGCAAGCUGAAACGGGUGAGACUGUCGGGCGAACCAUUUUGUUCUUUGGAUGCCGAAAACGCGGAGAGGACUUCAUGUACGAGUCAGAGUGGGAGGAACGCAAACAGGUGCUGGGCGACUCGUUUGAAAUGAUCACGGCAUUCUCGAGAGAGGGCCCCAAGAAGGUCUAUGUACAGCACCGACUGAAGGAGCGCGCUCAGGAGAUCAACGAACUACUUGAAAAGAAGGCUUACAUCUAUGUUUGCGGUGACGCGGCAAAUAUGGCUCGUGAAGUCAACACGGUGCUGGCCCAGAUCAUCGCGGAGCAGAGGGGUAUUCCUGAAACCAAGGCCGAGGAGAUUGUGAAGAACAUGAGGUCAGCAAACCAAUACCAGGAAGAUGUCUGGUCAUAA